AUGGGCUCAGUACCCCCAGUCGAAGACGAGGACGAGUGGGAGUACGAAUACUCGACAACGGAAACAGAAACAUACUACCUCACUUUAGAUCUCUCAGUCCGCGACUUUCUUGAGAAACACCCAGAUGAUAUUGUCAAUGCCACCCGCAACGGUUACCGAGUGUGGUACAACCCGCUCUUCAACACAUCCGAACCCCGUCCGAUGAACCCAGACCUCAUAGCCGAACUUCAAGGUCCCGAUGACGAAGACGAGCCCAGAAAAGACAUGCCAAAUCUCGAUAAUGCUGUCGCCGAGAAGACGACUGCCGACAACGCUGCCACUUCGACAGCCCAAGGUGCUGCUACCUCGACUGCCACCCAUACUGCCGACCCUAAGACGGCCGACGCGAUUGACCCAGCACUACGAGGACCAGACGAGACCAGCCAACAAAAACAAGCCGACCCAAAGCCCGUAGAGAACAAGCAACCCAAUACCGAAAAACCAAACCCAACACCCAAAACACCACAUCAAAUCGAAACCAUUCAGAUCCUCGACCUCCACACCAAAGAGCCCAUGGUGUCCUACCGCAAUCACAUCUUCCAGGGCGCGUGGUCUGAAAACAUCGGAACGGAAAUGAUCUUUACACCUCACGACCCAGACAACCCUUUACCCGCUCUUCGCAACCUCGCCGAGACUGGAAACCACGGGAAACUCGACCUCCUAGCCGCCAGCGCGACACGGAUCAAUUUCAAAGAAGUCCGGUUAGAGUCGAAGCAGCUUGCGGAACAAAACAGCAAUAACCUCACCAAGCAAAUUAGCAGUAUCACAGCUUGGGGCAACGACGACAUCCCCGAGCGUUACAAGCGCCCAGACGGCGUAUACGUGCACAUUGGUGGUGACAAGACGGGUCAGCGACAACCGCAGGCGCACUUCCUGGAGGAUUUGAUCAUGUUGAAGCGCAAGCUGGGGGAGACCGACUCGGUCACCAUUCGUCCGCUAGAGACCAGGCAGAACAAGUUGAUGAUGGAGGACGAAGGCGAAGAGCGCAGAAGAAAGAGGUUGAAGAACGGACAUGGACGGUACGAGCGGUGGAGGCAGGGACUCCUUCGAAAAGAUAGGGAGAGUAGAGAUUCGGGAGAGGAGGGUUACAUUCCGAGGACGGAGCCUUCGGGACAGCCAACGGGACAGACGAAGAAGGGCAAGCACUUGGUGGUCAAGCACUUGGGGGUUAUGGAGAAGAGGGCGAGGAAGCCACGGUCUAGAAAGGCGGUCCUCAGGCCGUUGGAGUCGCAAGAGACGCUUCCAGCUCAUCCCGUUGACCCUGGUAUUUUGGUUGGAGGAGAUACUCAGCCCCAGGACAGCUCAACGAGCUUGUAUCCGCCCGUGCCGCAAACCAGCUGGGCGCCGAACCCAUCGGAAUAUGCCACUGGGAACGGGGAAGGGAGCAACAGGGCUGGAGGAGCGUGA